AUGUCCUCGACCAAGCCCACGCUGGAGUCGGUGCGCACAGCCAACGCUUCCCUCGUCUCUAAGCGCUCUCUCGUUGCUGUGUUCCCAGGUGGCACAUCUGGGAUAGGCGAGUUUACCGUUCGUGCCCUUGCUCGCCAUGCUGCAAAGGGUCAGGGUGCCCGCAUCUAUCUCGUGGGCAGGAAUCAGAAGGCUGCAGAUGCCAUAGCUGCCGACUAUGCUGCACACAAGAACGUCCAGAUAUGCUUUGUGAAAGCGGACGACUUGUCCUUGCUCAAGGACGUCGACAGGUGCUGCGAGGAAAUAAAACAACUUGAGGCACAAGAGAGUAAAGACGAGUUUCCACACGUUGAUGUUCUGGUCAUGUCACACGCAGACUUGUAUUUUGGUGGCAAGCGAAGGGAAACCAGUGAAGGACUUGAUAAAUCCUUCUCCCUCCUAUAUUACUCGCGGAUUCGCUUCAUCACACAACUCUUACCAUUGCUGGAGGCGUCCCCUCUGCCAUCCGCUCGUGUCGUCUCUGUAUAUUCGGCCGGCCUGGAGACAGCCACGAAGGACCGCUACCUGGAAGAUUUGUCUUUAAGAAAUGCAGAAAACUACAGCUUCGGCGCCGUUCGUAACCACACUACUCAUUUGAAGACAAUGGCUUUCGAGACCAUCGCCGAGCAGCAUCCCAAGGUCGGCCUUGUGCACGUCUAUCCCAGCCUGGUCAUCACUCCCGGCUUUGACAACAACCCCUUGCCCCCACUCAUCAAAAUCGGGUGGAAGCUCGCAGCUCCUGCAGCGAAACUGUUUUCUGUCAAGCCUGAUGAGAUUGGGGAACGUGUUCUGGGGUUUACAUCGGCGCGGUUUGGGGGGAAGCAGGAGACUGAGACUCUGCAGACGGGUGUUGCAGAGUCGACGAAUGGUGAGGUGGGAGGGGGAGCGUACUCAUUGAAGUACACUGGUGAGGUCAAUGAGAUCGGACCUAUAUAUGAGAAAUUGAGAUCAUCUGGGUUCAGGGAGAAAGCCUGGGAGCAUACCAUCGGCGCCUUCAUGGCCACUGAGAAGGGCAUGGUCUUUAAGGACUGA